AUGAAUCUUUAUAAUCAAGUAUUGUGUGAUCAAAUUGUUGACUUAAUGAACAACGGUGUAAAUAUAUUUAACCAUGCAACAAAACAAAAUUGUAAUUUGAAGUUUACUUUACUUUGCUGUUGUGUUGAUACACCGGCUCGCGCAACUUGUCAAAAUCGAGUAAAAUUCAGUGGUUAUUACGGAUGUAGCUGGUGUUAUGAACCUGGUUUAUAUGUUGGGCACGCGGUUCACUAUCCGCUAAGUGAAAUUGAACCAAAUUUACAAACUCACAAAGAUCAUAUAUCUAACGUAAAUGAACUUGAAAAAAUUAAAAAAACGUCAGAUUCUAAAAGUAAGGUGCCAACAGUAAUGGGUGUUAAAGGAUCCAUGAUUUUCAUUGAAAAAUUACCGCUCUUUAAUAGCAUCUGGGGAUUUCCGAUAGAUUAUAUGCACGGUUGUUUAUUAGGAGUUACGCGACAGGUAUUACAGUUAUUAAAGACACCCGGAGUAAAGUUUCAGCUUACUAAGAAACAGAGGGAGGCUAUUGACAAACGUUUGAUAUCUAUAAAACCUCCGCAUGAAAUAUAUAGAUUACCCCCCGAUCAACUGGUGAUAUGUGUAAGUGGAAGGCAUCAGAAUUCGAGUCUUGGUUGCUUUAUUGGAGUCUUUUAUGCUUGGAUGAAAAUAACUGAUGAAGAGAUUACAAGAACUCAAUAUGAUCUAGCUAAAUUUUUUGGAUUGUUUCAAAUUGAAUUUUCGAAAUCAGCUAUGACUUUUAAUCUACAUUCCCUUUGGCAUUUGUGUGAAUCAGUAUUACAAACUGGGCCAUUGACUGGAACAUCAACUUUCGCUUCCGAAAACGAUGAACUUGUCCUAGCAGGUAAAACACGUAUACAUGAACGAAUUGAAAACAAAAUCAAAAGUCUUAUUAACGAUAAUACUGUUGUGAUUCAUGAUGCUUAUAAGAAGUGUAUUUACAAAAAAACUGUAAUUCACAGUGCAAGUUAUAUUUAUGGGUGUCCUUUGAACAUUAGUCCUUAUUCAAUUGGUAAUGUUGAAAUAGAUCAUAUUCAUCGUAUUACCAAUAGUUGCGAAAAUGAUUUUAUAAUAAUAUGUAUUUCUAAUUUUAAAGAAAAAAAAAAGACUAUUAUUACUCGAAAAAGUGAAAAACUUCCGAAACCAAUUACUAUGAUUGUACCUCAGAGUCAUAAGCUUGAGGGAAACCGUGGAAAUUUGAAUGAAACACAAACUCAGAGAGAUGAUAUUGAGAUUUCUCCUUUACCUUUUACCUAG